AUGACACACAACCCGACAAACACUUACGAGAAGGUGGCUACGCCGACCUCGGAUGGUCGGUCCAGUACAAUGCUUGCUGACUGCAGCCAGCAACAAACUCACCAUAUUGAAGAUAAAGACGAUGAUGCGUUUUCAAAGGCACCGCUCAAGAAGAAGAUCAUGUGGGGCAUCUUUUAUGGUAUCGCGUCUCUAACUGCUCUGUACUUCUUCAUGGUAGCUAUCAAAAUCAUUGGCGAUGGUAUCACGAUUGCACUCGGAUGCGAUACCAAAGGAGCCUUUGACUUUGCCGACAACCCGGUGGCGGGUUUGAUGAUUGGUACUGUCGCCACUGCUCUGCUUCAUAGUUCUGGCACCGUGACGUCCAUUGUCGUGACCCUUGUGGGAUCCGGUGGCAUGACUAUUCGCCAGGGCGUGUAUGUGAUCAUGGGUGCAAACGUUGGCACCUGCAUCACGUGUAUUAUAGUGGCUUUCGGCCAGGUCGGAGAUCGUACCCGUUUCCAGCGUGCUAUGGCAGCUGCUACUGUUCAUGACAUGUAUAAUCUAUGGUCUGUCUUCGUACUGUUCCCUCUCGAAGUGAUUUUUCACCCACUCGAGAGGUUGUCGGUCGCUAUGUCUAAUGCUCAAACCGACCACGGUGCCUUCAACAGCCCUAUUGAUACUGUCGUAAACCCGCUUGCUAAAAAGGUGAUCGUUGUGGACAAGAGUGCCAUCUAUGACGUGGCUGCUGGUGAAGUGAAGUGUACACCUGGACAAUCUUUUGUCACCGGUGGUAUAUUCAAGGGCUCGAGCAUGAGUGACGGUAGUAUCGGUUCUAUCACGGCUGUCUUGGGUUUCUGUAUCUUGGUCUGUUCUCUGCUGACAUUGGUGAAGAUGCUGGCUAAAUUAUUCAAGGGCCCCACGAAGCGCCUUAUUUCCAAACUGCUCAACUUCAAUGGCUAUGUGAACAUCGUCGUCGGUACCCUCAUUACAUUCUGUGUUCACUCGUCGACAGUUGUGACAUCUACUCUUACCCCACUAGCUGGUCUGGGUGUUAUUACGCUCGAACAAGUCUAUCCAUUGGUUAUUGGAGCCAACUUGGGUACUACAGGCACGGCCCUACUUGCUGCCUUGGUGACAGGCAAGUCCGACUCAGUGGCCAUUGCUCUUGUGCACUUUUGGUUCAACUUGUUUGGUAUCGUGCUCUUCUACCCGAUUCCAAUCACUCGAAAGCCCAUUUUGAGCUGGGCUCGCUCGCUAGCCUUUGCUAGCGCCGCGUGGCCGAUGACUGCUGUGCUGUUCCUCAUUUUCCUGUUUCUCGUGGCACCUGGCAUUUUACUUGUGAUAGUCUAUAUGUGCACUGCUGCCAGCGUCGCGGUGAAGGUGAUUGGCUUCAUUGUUGCAGCCAUUGUCGUCGUUGCGAUGGCCGGUGCGACGUUCUGGUACACGAAGAAGGGCGGCCAUUUGCUGUGGCACUCGUUUUUACAGAAAAAACGACAGGAACGUGAAGCUUCUGAUGCUCGCGAGUCUGCUUAA